GCGCGCCUGCAGUUCCGCUUCCGGGACCGAGGAACCCCUGAAGCCGGGGGUUCGCGCUCGCCAGUGAGGUAUUGCUGGUUGUCUCGGGCUCUGCGGCGAACGCGAACGUGCAGUGCGGCAUUGCCGGGGUCAGAGAGCUGCUCGCUUGUGUCUGUUUCCUCGCUUGUGAAGUGGGACCAGUUCCAGCCCCCCUCCAGGGUUGCUCGUGAGGGGGCCACACCCUUGCGGGGACGGCCAAGGCGGCUCGCUACUUCCGUCCCGGCGCCCUGCUGCGGGCAAAGAACACAACGUCCCAGAGUGCCCCGCGGGCGGCCCGUCGGCGCCUCGGUCUCCCAGAGUGCCCCGCGGGCGACCCGUCGGCGCCUCGGUCUCCCAGAGUGCCCCGCGGGCGGCCUGGCCUCGGGGGUCGCCACCCUACCACUACCCAAGACCCGACGCUCUGGCCUCUUCCCCGCUCUGGGGGCGGCGGCGUGAUGGACAGCCCGGAGGUGACUUUCACGCUCGCCUACCUGGUCUUCGCCGUGUGCUUUGUGUUCACGCCCAACGAGUUCCACUCGGCCGGGCUCACGGUGCAGAACCUGCUGUCGAGCUGGCUGGGCAGCGAGGACGCCGCCUUCGUGUCCUAUCAUUUGCGCCGCACGGCCGCCACGCUGCUGUGCCACUCGUUGCUGCCGCUCGGCUACUAUGUGGGCAUGUGCUGUGCGGCUUCAGAAAAGCGACUCUACUCCCCCAGCCAGGCCCCAGAGGCCUGGCAGCUCUUCCUCCUGGUGGCUGUGACCCUCCCCUCUGUUGCUAGCAUCGUGAUUUACUACUGGUCCCAGGACCAGUGGACCUGCCACCCACUGGCCCGCACCCUGGCCCUCUAUGCCCUCCCACAGUCUGGCUGGCAGGCCGUAGCCGCCUCCAUCAACACCGAGUUCCGGCGGAUUGAUAAAUUUGCUACAGGUGCACCAGGCGCCCGUGUGAUUGUGACAGACACGUGGGUGAUGAAGGUGACCACAUACCGUGUGCACGUGGCCCAGCAGCAGGAUGUGCACCUGACAGUGACAGAGUCUCGGCAGCAUGAGCUCUCGCCAGACUCAAACCUGCCUGUGCAGCUCCUCACCAUCUGUGUGGCCAGUGCCAGCCCUGCUGUGCGCCCCUUUGAUAUCCGGCUGAACUCAACAGAAUAUGGUGAGCUGUGUGAGAAGCUCCGGGCACCCAUCCGGAGCGCAGCCAAUGUGGUCAUCCACCAGAGUCUGGGUGACCUAUUCUUGGAGACCUUUGCCUCCCUGGUGGAGGUCAACCCAGCCUACUCUGUGCCUAGCAGCCAGGAGCUGGAGGCCUGCAUUGGCUGCAUGCAGACGCGUGCCAGUGUGAAGCUGGUGAAGACGUGCCAGGAGCCUGCUGUAGGCGAGUGCCAGCAGUGCUACUGCCGCCCCAUGUGGUGUCUCACCUGCAUGGGCAAGUGGUUUGCCAGCCGUCAGGACCCCCAGCGCCCUGACACCUGGCUGGCCAGCCGUGUGCCUUGCCCCACCUGCCGAGCACGCUUCUGCAUCCUGGACGUGUGUACUGUGCGCUGAGCAUCCCAGAGGGUGUGGGUAGGACCUUGGGGGUCUGGAACUGACUCUGUGCCCCUACCAGGGAGUGGCCAGACCUCUCUAGCCUUGGCAAAAGGCUUUAUUCAAAGCACAUGACUUGAAGCCACUUUGCCUUGAGCCUACUGUAUGUUGAGGAUAUUUGUCUAAAAGAAAUUUUGAUGAGAGAUACUCUAUCCCUGGAGACUUCAGCACUUUCUCUUCCUGGCCACCUUCCUCCAGGUGAAGGCAAGUACUCAGAGCAUUUGGGGAUUCCCAGAACCCAAGACUGCCUUGAUGACCUUUACCUGGCAACUUUGCCUUAACUUUACCAAGCACAACUACCCCUCAGUUUUAAGCCAGGCCCGUAUCUGUUCACCCAGGCCCAUUCUCCAGCCGGUGUCCUGGAGCUGGCUGCUGGCUCUGGUGUUCUGACACCCUCUCCAGCCGUGGAUGCUGCUUGGGAUACCGGGGGUGGAGCCUGAUUGUGGAAGGGGAGAUUUGGGGUGCCACUCUAGUGUGAAGGCCAAGCUGGGGCUUCUUGGUGGCUGCAGCCUGUGGAGAGGCUGUUCCUGAAUGAGGAGGCAGGAGUAGCAAGCUGGGGUCAGGCCAGGAUGCCCCCACCCACUCAUGGGGGGCACCUAGCACCUGGAGGGUCUUCACUGUGCCCUGGUGUCUUUGGCUCCAAUGGUCCAGAGAAAACUGAGGCCUCAGACUCCUGGCUCCAGGGCAAUGGGGAGGAUGUUGUGGCACGGGGACAUCCAGAAGUCAAACCCACCAAGGACAAAGGACAGGGCCUGUCACUGAUUCCAAGUUGGCUUGGUUCUGAGGAGGCCACUCCCAGUGGCCAAGUUUCUGAUGGACAUGCUGCCCAACUGAUGACCUGAUAGUACAGGUGGGAGGGGAAGAAGUUGCCCCCCUCCUUGCUGGAGGGAGGCCCUCCCAUCUGUUGCCCUGCACCUUGCUGUUUUCAAGCAGGCAUGACAGAUCCAGCCAGCCCUACUCAUCCAAGGCCUCACCUAAUCCCAGGAGGUUUUCCAGCAGAACAGCUUAGCUUUGGGGGAUGGGGUGAUGGCAAGGACAAGAGCCAGCCACAAUUUCAAGGACUGCCUAGGAAGGGCCAGCAGUUUGGGGUUAUUUUUUACCAAAAAAGGAAGUUAGUUUUAUAAAGAUGUGUAGCUAAAUGAUACUGUAUUUAAUAAAAUAUUAGUUUGAA